AUGAAAGAUAAGAUCGAAAAGCUCGAGACUACGGUCAGGGAAGAUCUGAAGCAGAUAAACACAUUCCGGGCGAGGGAAGAACUCGAAUCUCUGAACAAGAAAGGCAAUGAGUGGCUUGAAAAAAUGGCCCAACUUCUCUCCCUCGGCGAAGAGCAUCUGGAAGUUACGAAGGGUAUUCGGGACUUGCAACACGAGCAAGUGCAGCUCGACAAAGCCGCGGCUGGGGAGAGGUGGCUGGACAAAGAGAAGGAGUGCCACCAAUUAUUUCGCCUCACGAACGGUACCAAUGACGCGACGUAUGAGUGGUACAAAGACCGUGUGGAAGACCGUGUGGACGGCACAUGCCAGUGGUUCCUCCAACAUGAACACUUCAGGCAUUGGCUCAAACAGGACUCAGGGCCACUGCUAGUUUCUGCAGAUCCUGGGUGCGGAAAAUCCGUCUUGGCCAAAUUCCUCAUCGACCAGGUACUUCCGCAAUCGGCAAGUGACACCACGAAUAUUUGCUACUUUUUCUUCAAGGACCAGGACCAAAACACCCUCAAUCAAGCACUUUGCGCGAUCUUGCAUCAGCUUUUCUCCCACAAUCAUUCCUUGAUCCAACAUGCAAUGCAAGCGUAUGGUGAAGACGGGUCCAACCUCAUCAACGUCACAACAAAAUUAUGGGAUAUCCUGCGAAAGUCAGUACAAGAUCCUCGAGCCGGGUCCGUGAUCAUCGUCCUGGAUGCCCUCGAUGAAUGCGCCGAGUCCGAGGCUGAGGAGUUGCUCAAGAGGUUGCAGCGCCAAUUUCGCAAUGGCCAGUCGAGCGAUGGCAGGCUAAAGUAUCUCUUAACGAGCCGCCCGUACGAGCAAAUUAGUUUCAGAGUUCGGGAGCUAGCGGACACUUUUCCCAACUUCCACAUUCCAGGGCAGGAACAUUCGGACGAUAUCAGCAGAGAAGUGGACCUUGUCAUUACGCACCGAGCCGAUCAGCUAGCGCGCCAGAAGGAACUCUCAGAUCAGGUCAAAGAGACCUUGCUCCAAAAGUUACGUGGAAUCCAGCACCGCACAUACCUCUGGGUGUACCUCCUGUUCGACUUUCUGAAGACAGAACACUUCAGAAAAACAUCCCUGGGGAUAGAGUCCGCCAUCGCAACGCUUCCGCAGAACGUCAACCAGGCAUACGAAAAAAUCCUUAACAAACAGCCACUCACCGUUGCUGAAAUGAACUGUGCUAUGAGCACCGACGACAACCUCGACAUAGAACAAGAAGAAGAUUUCAAAUCGAGUCUCCGGGCCUGGUUUGGAUUAUUCGUUUCAAUUUACCAUGGCAAAGUCUACCUACUUCAUCAAACUGCUCGAGAAUUUCUGCUCGCGAGGGACCCGCCUCCCUCCUCUUGCGGCUGGCAAGCCUCCAUCACGAGCUGUGAUGCACACAGGGUUCUAGCAGAGACUUGUGUGGCUUAUCUUGAUUGUUUCAAUCAGGAUGAUAGCCUGAGUACUGAUGCUGAUCCCCGCUGCGCCUUCUUGAAUUAUUCUGCCCUCAACUGGGGCCAUCAUGUCUACGAAGUCUGUCUCAGCAAUGACAAGAAUGCUGCACUAGUCUCAUCUAUUUUGAAAAUCUGCACCUCAGAUUCUCAAAGCUAUGCAGCAUGGGGCCCUGUUUUUGGGAGAUCUCUUGGGAUUCAAGACCAUUCUUCUCUUACAGCUCUUAUAAUAGCAUCAUAUUUUGGACAUGAAGCUGUUGUACAGCAGCUGCUU